CGGGCACGUUCAGUGCGCACGAUGGGAAAAGUGAUGGAAAGCAACCUUUUCCAUGAUGGCCGAGGUUGCGACGAGAGUCUCGUGAAUUUUCUGUAAUAUAUCAGGAUUUUGUGUAUUAGAAUGACCAUGAUUUCCAAAACCGCAGUCGGCAUUGCUGUUGGAAUCGCCGGGAUUUUUGUUGGCUACUGUUUCUACUUUGACCAAAAGCGCCGCAAUGAUCCCGAUUUCAAAAAGAAGCUCCGCGAACGUAGAAAGGCUAAGAAACAAGCUCAGAAAGCUUCCUCGAAGAUGCCAGAUUUGAGGGAUCAUGAAUUGGUGCAGAAAUUCUUUCUGCAAGAGGUUCAACUUGGGGAGGAAUUGCUGGCUUGUGGUGAAAUAGAUGGCGGAGUUGAGCAUUUGGCUAAUGCAGUAGCAGUCUGUGGACAGCCAGCCCAGUUGCUGACGGUUCUCCAGAAGACUCUACCACCACCAAUUUUCCAGAUUCUGGUGCAGCGACUACCCGUUGUUGGCCAGAAAAUAGUAUCGCAAACCCAAAUGGCAGAGGAAGAUGUUGAGUAGAGGAAUAUAAAAUUUUGUUGACAAUACUUAAAUAAAAUCUGAAAUUAGCAAA